GGCUCGACUACGCAGGUUACUACGGUCGUGCCGACAGUUCUGCCUGUCCCGUCUCCUCAACAGUCGACUAUUCUCCAAACGCAGACGUUGACCCAGCCGUGCAAUACUUGCCAAGGCUCUACCACACAGAUCACGACGGUUGUCCCGACUGUUGUUCCUGUCACGUCCGUUCCUGUCCCGGCGCCUCAGCAGUCGACUGUUUACCAGACGCAAACCCUAACCCAACCGUGCAACACGUGCCAGGGCUCGACUACGCAGAUUACUACGGUUGUCCCGACAGUCCUUCCUGUCCCGUCGCCGCAGCAGUCGACUAUCUUGCAAACGCAGACUUUGACCCAGCCGUGCAGCACGUGCCAGGGCUCUACCACGCAAGUCACAACGGUGGUUCCGACUGUCGUUCCCGUUACGUCUGCUCCAGUGCAGACGACCACGAACGUCGUCCCUGUUCCGCAGCAGUCGACCAUCUAUCAGACUCAAACUCUCACCCGGCCGUGCAGCAGCUGCCAAGGCUCGACCACCCAGGUCACUACAGUGGUUCCGACUGUCGUUCCCGUUACCUCCGUACCGGCCCCUCAGCCUUCGACAAUCUACCAGACGCAGACGUUAACCCAACCAUGCAACACCUGCCAAGGAUCAACCACCCAAAUCACCACAGUCGUUCCCACCGUCAUCCCCGCUACAUCUGCUCCAGCUCCUCCAGCUCCACCGGCUCCUCAGCCUUCAACAAUCUACCAGACGCAGACGUUAACUCAACCAUGCAACACGUGCCCCGGCUCCUCGUCCAUCGUCACCACAGUCGUUCCUACAGUCAUUCCCGCCACGUCGGUCAUCCCGGCCCCGGUUGUCCCUGCCUCCUCGCCCCAGCAGACGACGACUUCGACAAGCGUGGUCCCGGUCCCUCAGCAGUCGACUGUCUAUCAGACACAGACGCUCACUAAGCCUUGCAGCACCUGCCCUGGCUCCACUUCUGUUGCUACUACUGUUGUCCCGGUUCCUGUACCUGCUCCAGCUACGAGCGCGCCUGGCGUUGGGCCUGUGCCGGCUCCUGCUCCUAGUGCUCCGGCGCCUGUUGCCCCAGCUCCAGUUCCCAGUGCUCCAGCUGCGAGUGCUCCAGCUGUAAGCGCUCCAGCUCCCGCUCCUAGUGCUCCGGCACCAGUUGCACCAGCUCCAGCUCCCAGUGCUCCUGCUGCUAGCGCUCCGGCUCCGGCUGCUAGUGCUCCAGCACCCGUUGCACCAGCUCCAGCACCCAGCGCCCCCGCUCCCAGCGCACCAGGUGCACCCGCCCCAGCAGCCAGCUCUCCAGCACCAGCACCCAGCGCCCCGGCCCCAGUGGUCAGCCCCGCGACCAGUGCAGCCAUCACCACGAGCUCGACCCUCGUCAUCGCCUCCAGGAGCACCCUCUACCUCAGCACGACCAUUACUCUCCCUUGCAACAGCUGCGCGGGCGGACAGACCAGCUCCGUCGUCCCUGUCCCUGUCCCCGUGGCUCCGGCGCCCGCUCCUUCGGCUCCGGCUGGCUCUCCUGCUCCAGCUCCUGCUCCUGCCCCGGCUCCUCCCGCCUCGGCACCAGCUCCCGCAGCAUCAGCCCCAGCCGCUCCUCCCGCCCCCAUCGCGCCCGCGCCCGCGCCCGCGCCCCCAGCCAACACGCCCCCCGCCGCCCCGCCAGCCGGCAUACCCGCCGUCCCGCCAAUCGGCACACCCCACCCCUCAGGGCCCAUCAUCCCCGCCUCCAACCCACCUGUGGCCAGCUCUCCCGCGCCUGCUCCCAACGCCAGCAACGCACAGCCCCCGGCGGCGCAGCCUUCAGGCACGUCGCCCGCGGUCUCGACGCCGUCGUUUGGUGCCGCAAGCGCGAAUGGCGCGGCUGCGAAGAGUGUGGGCGCGCUGUUCAUUUGCUCGAUGUGA